GACAAUAAUUAUCAAAUACAAAUAAAAGUCCUAUAAUAUCUAAAAACUUUUCAUCAAAAAACUAAACAAGGUCAAAGUAUUGAACUUUACUUAUCAGAAGAAGCAGAACUGAUUGGAUCAAUUUGCUCCAAGAGAUACAAAAAGCACACGUCCUAAUCCUACGCGGAGCGAUUGGAUAGAGACGCACUUCAAUAACAUCUUAGGCCAGGAGAUAUAAAAUCUGGGCGCAUGGCCCAGUGCAGGUGAGUGGUGUGCACGAAUGCAUGGCGCCCCCAUUUGGACAUUGCCCAUGAGUAAUGGAGUGGAAUGAAAUGGGUUAAUCUACCACCACUUUAUUUAUCAUAUGCUAAUUAUUUUUUGAUUUUGCCGCGCUGACCGUUUAUAUUUAAUAUUUCAUACAUAUGCCAAAAGAUUGGAUGCGACAAAGAAUCAGUUGCAAAAAAAUUGCAAAAUAGACACAGUAAUAUUUUAGUUUGUAUUUGACAAAUAUUGUCCAAUCAUAGACUAACUAGGCUCAAAAUUACAGACAAACUGAUGUUUCAUGCAUGUGACACAAGAUUUGAUAUGACGGUGAAUCUUGAAAAUUUUUGCAAAAGAAUCUUGAUAAGUGACUUAUCAAGAAAUAUGUCAUGACAUAAUGAAAAAAAACUGACUUAUCGGCGCUAGCGAUCGAGCAUCAAGACACAGGUAAAGUAAAAUUUACCUUUGGCACAUAUGCCCUCGCAACGUGGAUUAUAGGAUCUGCUUUAAGAUUCGUACCAAACAAAAGAGGACACAAAUCUCAUAGCGAAUCAUGUGGUCCACAACAGAGGGCAUGUGUGACAAAGCGUCAGGCACGUUCACACCAUUGAUAAGUCAAUAACUUUCAGCAACCCGACCGAAGCAAGUAAACAGAGAGAAAAAGAAAAGAAAAUAAACCACGUACACGAGCUAUGCCGACACGAGGCAUGGGCAUGAGCAUGAUCCUUGUCCUCGUCUUCGUGGUGACGAUCGGCGCGGCAAGCGACGAGGCGGCGCUGCUAGCAUUCAAGGCCGGCCUGAGCUCAGGCGCGCUGGCCUCGUGGAACAGCAGCAGCAGCUCCAGCUCCGGCGGCUUCUGCAGAUGGCACGGCGUGGCGUGCAGCCGCCGCAGGCCGACGCGCGUGGUGGCGCUGAGCCUGCCCUCCAGCAACCUGGCCGGCACGCUCUCGCCGGCCAUCGGGAACCUCACCUUCCUGCGGGUGCUCGACCUGUCCUCCAACGGUCUCCACGGGGAGAUCCCCGAGAGCGUCGGCCGUCUCCGGCGUCUCAGGGCCCUCAACAUGAGCCGCAACCACAUCUCCGGCGCGCUCCUGGCCAACCUCUCCUCCUGCGUCAGCUUGACGGACCUGCGCCUCCACCACAACCAGCUCGGCGGGCGCAUACCGGCGGAUCUCGGUACCACGCUAACUCGGCUCCAGAUUCUUGUGCUGCGAAACAACAGCCUGACAGGACCAAUUCCGGCCUCUCUGGCCAACCUGUCGUCGCUUCGGUACCUCCUGGUGGAUAUCAACCACCUGGGUGGCCCGAUCCCAGCAGGCAUCGGCAGCAUCGCCGGCCUGCAGCAACUUGGUCUGGUAGACAACAGCCUCAGCGGCGUGCUUCCACCUUCCCUGUGGAAUCUGUCGUCGCUGGUGCAACUCGAAGUGAACUACAACAUGCUGCACGGCAGCAUCCCUCCUGACAUCGGCGACAAGUUGCCGACCAUACAAUUCCUUUGGCUGAACAGCAACAGGUUCAGUGGAGCAAUCCCUUCCUCUCUCUCCAAUCUUUCAGCACUCGUAAGUCUGGACCUCUCGGAAAACAACUUCACUGGCCUUGUGCCUCCCACCUUUGGGUGUCGGAGUGGGAAGCUGCACUCGCUUGAGAUUCUCUUCUUGGGAGGAAACCAGCUUGAGGCAGACAACAGCAAGGGUUGGGAAUUUAUCACAUCGCUAGCAAACUGCAGCCAGCUCCAAGAACUCACUCUCAGCAACAACUAUUUCAGUGGGCAGCUGCCAAGGUCAAUUGUAAACCUGUCAUCGACAAUGCAAAUGCUCUAUCUGCACAAUAACCGGCUCUCCGGGAGCAUCCCAGAGGAUAUGGGUAACUUGAUCGGCUUGAACCUGCUCUCUCUGGGGAUAAACUCCAUAUCUGGUGUGAUACCGGAAAGCUUUGGGAAGCUAACAAACUUGGCUACGCUUGACCUGCACAACACUAGCUUGUCAGGCCUCAUACCAUCUUCUGCUGUUGGGAAUCUUACGAAUCUGGUUUUCCUAGAUGCAUACAACUCAAAUUUUGGAGGUCCCAUUCCAGCGAGCCUUGGGAAGCUACAGAAAUUGUACUAUCUGGAUCUGUCACACAACCGUCUUAACGGCUCCAUCCCAAAGGAGAUCCUAGAGCUGCCUUCGCUUUCUUCGUUACUGGACUUGUCAGCCAAUUUUCUCUCCGGACCCAUUCCAUCAGAAGUCGGUACCUUGGCUAACCUAAACACCUUGAGUCUGUCAGGGAACCAGCUCAGUGGCAACAUACCUGACAGCAUAGGAGACUGCGAGGUCCUGGAAUUCCUUUUGCUUGACAGCAACUCGCUCCAGGGAGGCAUACCUCAAUCUUUGACCAAGCUGAAAGGGCUCAACACACUUAACCUAACCAUGAACAGCCUAUCUGGUAGGAUCCCUGAUGCCCUGGGUAGCAUUGGCAAUCUGCAACAGUUGGGUCUAGCGCACAACAAUUUCUCCGGACCAGUCCCGGAAACCCUGCAGAAUCUGAAACUGCUGGGGAACUUAGAUGUGUCGUUCAAUAAUUUGCAAGGCAAGUUACCGGAUGAGGGUGUUUUCAGAAACCUGACCUAUGCAGCGGUUGAGGGGAAUGACGGGUUGUGUGGUGGGAUACCAAGCCUUCAAUUGUCUCCAUGCCCCACUCUUGCUGCAAAUAUGAACAAAAAACGGUGGCACAGGAUUCUUAAAAUAGCUCUGCCGAUCGCAGGAGCAGUAGUCAUGGCAUUUGUUUUGGCUGUUGUUCUUAUUCUGGUACGCCAAAACAAGCUGAAACAAAGACAAAACAGACAAGCGACAUCAGUGGUUAAUGAUGAACAGUAUCAGAGAGUUUCGUAUUACACAUUGUCAAGAGGAACUAACGGAUUUUCAGAAGCUAACUUGCUUGGCAAAGGAAGAUACGGUUCUGUUUAUAGAUGUACCUUAGAAGAGGAAGGUGCAACUGCAACCGUAGCUGUUAAAGUGUUCAACCUUCAGCAAUCAGGAUCUUCAAGGAGUUUCGAGGCUGAGUGUGAGACUCUGAGAAGAGUACGCCAUCGCUGUCUCCUAAAGAUUGUCACUUGUUGCUCGAGUGUUGAUCCACAAGGUGAAGAGUUCAAGGCGUUAGUUUUUGAGUUCAUGCCCAAUGGUAGCUUAGAUGAUUGGAUCAAUCCGCAGUCGAGUAAUCUCACUCCAGAAAAUACCCUCAGUCUUUCACAAAGACUUUGCAUAGCUGCUGAUAUCUUCGAUGCACUUGACUACCUUCACAACCACAGCCAGCCACCAAUCAUCCAUUGCGACCUGAAGCCAAGCAAUAUUCUUCUUGCAGAAGACAUGACAGCUAAAAUUGGCGAUUUUGGCAUAUCAAGAAUCCUACCUUUAAGUACAAUAGUAAAAACUAUGCAAAAUUCACAAAGCUCAAUUGGAAUCAGAGGCUCCAUAGGUUAUAUUGCACCAGAGUAUGCUGAAGGUUGUGCGGUUUCUGGACUAGGUGAUAUUUACAGCCUAGGAAUAUUGUUGCUUGAAAUGUUCACGGGAAGGAGCCCUACUGAUGACAUGUUCAAGGAUACCCUGGACCUGCACAGGUUUGCUGCAGCUGCUGUUCCUGACAAAGCCUUGGAGAUAGCUGAUCAAACAAUCUGGCUGCAUGAAGGAGCAGAUGAUAAUGAAGACGUGAUCCAUGAAAGGAUAACAAGUAUGGUUCGGCAGUGUUUGGGGUCUGUCCUUAGGCUUGGCAUAUCCUGCUCAAAGCAACAGCCCAGAGAGCGUGUGUUGCUAGCAGAUGCUGUGACAGAGAUCCAUUCAAUCAGGGAUGGGUAUCUCAGAUCUCGCUCGAUGAUAGCAAUGAGCAGUGAAGCACUCAAAUCAAAGGUUUAGCAUGCAUUAUUUGUAGUACUCAGUAAUGGCAUCGGAGGUAUAUACCUGACCGGUGUUGUUAUUAGUUACAAGUAAUAUUAAUCAACUAAAGCAUUGAUGACUGCCUUUGUCAAAGAUUUUUUUUUUUUGAAGGAUACUUGUCAAAGAUUUAUGUACAAAGAAUGUUCAACAAUUAUGCCCACCAAAUAUUAGUAAACUAAAGGCAAUGUUUGGAUCCA